AUGGCGCUUGUGGACGUCGUUUCCUUCUUGAAGACGUCUCCGCAGAUCCCGCUCACUCCUCUAGGGGACCGCAGGGCGUAUGUGAUGGUAAUACCUGCAUGCUAUGUUGGUCUUGGACUUUGGUAUAUGAAGAAGGUUGAAGAGCAUGCAGCUGAGAAGUCCACCCGCCCGUCGAAGAUUGACUGGGUGGAAGCUGGUGUUGUCUCCCGGGUUGUGAGGAAACAAAAUGGCUGUGCCUCAGUGGAAGCAAUACACAUCCUAAAAACCUCGCAGUCAAUCUCCCUCUCAGUUCAAGAACUCAUUGACUGCGAUUACAGCAACAGAGGCUGCUGGGGUGGUUUCUCUUUUAGUGCUCUCCGGUAUAUACAAAGAAAUGGACUCUCGAGCGAAUCCUCCUACCCAUACCGGGCUCGGAGAAGUAUUUGCAAAAAGGACAAAUUAGUAGCGGCAAGGAUAUCAGGCUUUCGGCUUGUCUACUGGACCGAGGAUGCUCUGGAGAAAGCGGUAGCGAAGCAGCCCGUGAUUGUCAGAUUACAAGGCACAAUUUAUCUUGAUAAUUACAAAGGGGGCAUCAUGGAGUAUGAAGCCUUGCCAACAAGAACUAACAUGCAUAAUGUCUUGAUUGUUGGUUAUGGCACGGAUCCCAACGGUGUUAAGUAUUGGGGCUUCAAGAACUCAUGGGGAGAUGAUUGGGGCGAGGGUGGGUUUGGGAGGAUCCGCAGGCAUGUUGCUGACAAGCGAGGUGUCUUGGGUAUGUUUAUGGAGCCAGGACUAUAUCCAGUGCUUAAUAUCUGA